ACUUUUUACUGCUAGGAACGUAACAUGCGGUAGGCUCACGCCAUAAUAGAGCACAGCCGACAAGCAAGUGCUCCUUUUACCUGCCACUGCGUAUCUAGAUCGCUUUAGUGUAUUCAAAAUGCUGGCAAGACUUGUGGCCCUCGGCCGGCCAGCGGCUUUUGAAGCUGUGGGUGUCUCGCGAGCUGUUGUCGCGGCGGCUUGGGAGCCUUCCACCUCAGCUAUUGGCAGCCAGUUAUCAGGAGCCGCUUCCUCCCAGCAGAGGGACGGAGGUCGGGAAGCUAGCACCAGCUACGGUUCCGAUCGCGAGGGAGCAUGGAGCCCGCUUCGCUCCAGCCCAUCCUGCUCUCAGCGGCGCUUACACGCCACACUUGCAUCACCCACCGCUGCUGCGGUUUCGGCCGAUGCCACCACUACCGCUGUUGAUGUUGAGGAUGCCAUCGAAGAUGCCGACGACCCGCUCCUGGGCCUCGACAUGGAAUCCCUGAUGCGCGUCAUCGUGCACCCGCUACCCCUCGGACGCGUGCGCAACCCCGCGCUGUUCUCCGGCGCUGCUGCCCCGGUCGUCCAACUCGGCAACGAAUCCUUGUUCUUCGACCCCACCGCCACCCUCUCCUCUACCAUGCGCGCCCUGUACGUCAUCCGCCAAGUGCUCCGCUCCGACGGCCACGUCCUCAUCGUCAACCCAAAUCCCGCCAUGCGCCCCCUCAUGCGCGAAGCCGCGCACCUCUGCCUCAACCGCAACGUGUGGUUCUGGAGCCGUGACUGGCAGUCCGGCAUCCUCUCCGACCGCAAACGCGGCGUGUCCUCCGUCCUCAUCCCAGACCACUGCCAGCCCAACCGCCGCCUCAUGGCCAAGCGCGGACUGGAGCUCCGAAACCCGCUCUGCCCGCCUGGUUACGUGGCGGCGCAGCGCGCGGCCGCCGCACCCACCCUGGGCGGUGCGGACAUGCAGCGGCUGCUGCAGCUGGCACGUGGGGGCCGCAGUAAGGAGCUCGUGGCCAAGGGGAAGGAGUCCAAGCACGUCCUGGCCUCGCUGAUGGCAGCGCGGACGGCGGAGGCGAGGCUGCUACCCGAUGGCUCGCCGCCGACCGCCGGUCAACGCGGCGGCAAGACAACGCAGUUGGCGCUGGUGGUGUCGUUGGAUCUGUCGUACGGCGGCGAGGCUGUACGGGAGGCGUACGAGCGCAACAUUCCCACGGUGUCCUUGCUGAACGGCCACUCGGAUGCGUCGUGUGUGACGUUCCCGGUGUAUGCGUCGGAGUCGCACGCGGGCUACCAGCACUUCUUCCUGGAGUGGCUGCUGCGGGUUGUGAACAUGCCGCGGUCGCCGGCAGCUGCAGCGGCACGGGAGGAGAGGCAGCAGCAGAAGCGGGAGGGACAGGCGGCGGCCAAGCAGACGGUUGUGGCCGCGGCUGCCGCGGCGGCGGCGCAGUAAGGAAGUUGGGAGCUUUGGAGAGGAGGAGGUGUAUUGAUGGAGGGGUGGGGGUUUGUUCGUGCAUUACUAGUGCCAAUGACGGUAGAGGGAGGGUUGGUGUGUGGGGGUGGUGGGUGUUGGCAACAUGAUGGAGGGAAGGGGAUCAUGGUGUUGCAUGGGCUACUGUUAUGGGAGUACUUGGGUCGUUGCAUGGGUUUAGGAGGGGCGUGGAGUGACGCCAGAUGCGAAGGCAGGAUAGGUUAACGGUAUAUGUACGGAAGUGAUACAUCCCAACCGGGUUGUGCGGGCUAGCUAGCGUUCAUUGCCCGUAACAUGAGUAGCGGGAGCCGCUAAUAACGAGUUGGGUGGCAAGGGCGAAACCCCAAGCGGCCAUCCGUUGCAGUGGUAGUAUGACGGAUUUCCGGGGGUCGCUGUUUUACGUGCGUGCGUGCUGCGAAAUUCGAGGGAGCCGUUGUGGCAUGGAUGAGGCUCCUG